GUGGCUGUGGGAUUGGUGCAGAAUCUGAAUGUUUGCCUUGUUUCUGGAGCCAGUGAAAAUGCAAUUGAAAAGUUACAAGCUGGGGAUCUUGCAACAGAUGCUGUCACAGCAGCUCUUGUGGAAUUGGAGGAUUCUCCAUUUACAAAUGCAGGAAUGGGAUCAAACUUGAAUCUCCUGGGAGAAGUAGAAUGUGAUGCCAGUAUAAUGGAUGGAAAAACUCUAAGUUUUGGAGCAGUUGGAUCUCUGAGUGGUAUAAAAAAUCCAGUGUUGGCAGCAAACAAGUUGCUUUUUGAGGGACAGAAGGGAAAACUCUCGGCUGGCAGGAUCCCACCUUGUUUUUUAGUUGGAGAUGGCGCUUUCAAGUGGGCUGUUGAUCAUGGAAUUCCUACGUGCCCUAGAGACAUAAUGGCUACAAAAUUAAGUUUAGCUGCUUUCAAGCGCAACAAAAGAAAACUUGAGCUGGCGGAAAAGGUGGAAACAGAUUUUAUUCAGAUUAAAAAGAGAAGACAAUCAAGUGAAAAGGAGAAUGACUCAGGAACUCUGGACACUGUUGGAGCAAUAGUUGUUGACCAAGAUGGAAAUGUAGCUGCUGCUGUCUCCAGUGGUGGACUAGCCAUGAAACAUCCUGGAAGAGUUGGCCAGGCUGCUCUGUAUGGAUGUGGCUGCUGGGCUGAAAACACUGGAGUUCACAACCCAUAUUCUACAGCU